AGGAGAAAGAAUAAGAUCCACCUGCCAUCUUCUGAACCUGAAAAUAAGGGGAAAAAAAUGAACAGUUGUUGUCUACAGUAUUUUUGGUAGCAACUGUGUGUUUGCAUUGCCACCUCAAUUGUCUUAGUCUUACUGAUAACAAAAAUGUAAUUAAUCACAUUACAGUGUUUACAGUCACAGUGUGGUAAACCACCUCGCAUGGUAUAUAAACCUCUCAUUCACCAAUUUCUUCUACCUUCCUUCUUCUCCGCUUCACACCAAGUUUUUGUUUGAAGACACAGAGCAAACGGAUUGGGAGAACUUGCAAAACGGUUUUAGGAAUUUGUGAUCUGGUGAGGCAUGAAUGCUAGAAGAGAUGGCCGUAAUAACAGAGUUGCACUUUUUGAUGGUAUUGAGGAGGGUGGCAUCAGAGCAUCGUCUCUUUACUCAACUUCCUCCCAUGAAAUUGAUGAACAUGAUAAUGAACAAGCAUUGGAGGGAUUGCAAGAUAGAGUCAAUCUUCUGAAAAGAUUGUCAGGUGACAUAAAUGAGGAAGUGGAUAGUCAUAACCGGAUGUUGGAUCGUAUGGGAAACGAUAUGGAUUCUUCGAGAGGGGUCCUCUCGGGCACUAUGGAUAAAUUCAAAAUGGUAUUUGAAACAAAAUCCAGCCGAAGAAUGUUUUCUCUUGUAGCAUCCUUUGUUGUGCUUUUUCUUAUAAUAUAUUAUCUUACUAGUGGUUGAAUCUGAACUGGAAGUCUAGCAGUUCAAGAUCACCGUUUACGUUAAGAAAGGGUAAUCUUUCGAAAGCCUAAACUCCCAGUCAUCUUCAAACCGUCCACGGUACUUGACCAAAAUAGUGAAGAUUAUCCAAACAUUGCAAGAAAAAUGGAUUAAUGGUAUUGCUGAUUGAUGUGAAACUAUGUACGCUCCCUAUAAAAAACUACAAUUAAGCCAACCUUAUUAAGGCAACAUUAUAUGACCAUCUAGUCUUUUAUGUUUGACACAGUCCUGAAGGUAAAAGAUAUAUGUGACCAAAAUAUCAAAGUUAUUAUUU